ACUUAUACUAUUCAAGUCAAAGAAAGAGAAGUGUACAUAUAUUAUUACUCCAAUUUCUCUUCUUUGGUUUAGUGUUUUUCCAAGAAAUUGAAGAUGGCAGGAGGGGGAAUUGCUUCACUUGGUGUAACAAAAGAAAGAGCUGAAAAUUAUAGAGGAAAAGUCACUCUUUAUGUCAUCAUAGCAUGUAUUGUUGCUGCUGUUGGAGGUUCACUCUUUGGAUAUGACAUUGGAAUUUCAGGGGGGGUGACAUCGAUGGAUGAAUUUCUUCGUCGAUUCUUCUACUCAGUAUACCUAAAGAAGCAGCACGUCCACGAAGACAACUAUUGCAAGUACAAUAAUCAGGUUCUUGCUGCAUUUACCUCAUCUUUGUACUUAGCUGGUUUAGUUGCAUCUCUGGUAGCCUCUCCUAUCACAAGGAACCAUGGACGUCGUACAAGUAUAAUAUGCGGUGGCAUUAGUUUCUUUGUUGGAGCAGUUCUUAAUGCCGCUUCUAUCAACCUUGGCAUGCUUCUUUUCGGACGAAUUAUGCUAGGCAUUGGCAUUGGCUUUGGAAACCAGGCAGUUCCGUUAUAUUUAUCAGAGAUGGCUCCAGCACAUCUAAGAGGAUGUCUGAACAUGAUGUUUCAAUUAGCAACAACACUCGGAAUCUUCACAGCAAACAUGAUAAACUAUGGAACAAGCAAACUUCAUCCAUGGGGAUGGAGACUUUCUUUAGGCCUAGCAGCAGCACCGGCCUUCGUGAUGACAGUUGGAGGCCUGUUUCUCCCCGAGACACCGAACAGCUUAAUCGAACAAGGAAACAAAAUUAAAGGAAGACUAGUUUUAGAGAAGAUAAGAGGAACUGAGAAUGUAGAUGCAGAAUUCGAAGACAUGGUGGAUGCAAGUGAAUUGGCACGUUCGGUUAAGCAUCCUUUUAGAAACAUUCUUAAAAGGCGAAACAGGCCGCAGUUAAUUAUGGCAAUUAUGAUGCCAACUUUUCAGAUACUUACAGGCAUUAACAUCAUACUUUUUUAUGCGCCUGUAUUGUUUCAGAGUAUGGGGUUUAAAAGGACAGCCUCCCUGUAUUCCUCUGCUUUGACUGGUGCAGUUCUUGCUUCAUCUACAGUUGUAUCGAUGGCCACAGUUGAUAGAUGGGGUCGAAGAAUUCUGCUUAUUACCGGUGGAAUCCAAAUGAUCAUCUGCCAGAUUAUUGUUGCCAUAAUCUUGGGACUCAAAUUUGGUAGUGACAAGGAGCUAUCAAGAGGUUACUCAAUUAUAGUAGUUGUUUUCAUUUGCCUCUUUGUUGCUGCAUUUGGAUACUCAUGGGGACCACUUGGCUGGACAGUGCCAAGUGAAAUUUUCCCCUUAGAGACAAGAUCAGCAGGCCAAAGUAUCACUGUUGCUGUGAAUUUAUUCUUCACAUUUGCAAUAGCACAAUCUUUCCUCUCACUUUUAUGUGUUAUGAGGUUCGGGAUUUUCCUCUUUUUCGCCGGUUGGAUUUCUGUCAUGACGAUCUUCAUCUAUCUCUUCUUGCCCGAAACAAAGGGGGUUCCGAUUGAAGAGAUGAUGCGCCUUUGGGAAAAGCAUUGGUUCUGGAAGAAAAUCGUCUCGGAGGAUCAGCAAGCUAAAAACACCAAUGGACUCAAUCAUGCUUAACUAACAGAGGUACAUUUUUAACAAUGUGAAAGGUGAAUAGAGAAAUCUAUCUUGUGCAUGUAGAAUUUUAGUCUUCUAUAUAUAUAUAUAUAUAUAUAUAUAUAUAUAUAUAUGUAAAAGUGCUUAGAUUAACCAGUGGCGAAUCCAAAAUUUAUACUGGUGUGAGUUGGUAUUUUGGAAAUGUAUGUUUAAUUCUACUUGUA